UCGGCCGGUCCGGCGUCUGGCCCGGGCGCCGGACCUGCAGCUGCGGCCUUGACGGUUGACGGCGCACUGACCGAGCUACUGCUAGCGACACAAUCGCUGUUCCAGGUCCAAAUGAAUUCAACAGGGUAGACUACGAUGCAAAACUAGGUCUCACACCAAGCUAGACGCGCACAAGUUUCCCCUUUGUGAAAAGCUAAUUAGGCGUGUCAAAGUCAACAACAACUACUACCAGUAGUUCUUGUUCAGGGUCAAGUUACGCCGGAAAAACUGCCUGAUUUGACGAGGUCCGGUCGCGACUCCAACGGAUCGGAUCGGGACUCUUAGCAGAUUCGAGUGACCUGCACUGCCCGCACUCCAUUAUUCCCACGCGGGCCCCACGAGCUGGUGGCUCGGCUUGGAUGGGACAUGCCGCGGGAGCCGGAAGGCAGAGCAGCCGCCUGUGACUCGCUCGCUAGGAUUCCCUCGCUCACUGGCAGUCUGGAUAGCUAGGACGCGCCACGGCGGCAUACGAUCCAGCUCGGCCGAUGGGGCCUCGCGCUUGGAGCUACGUGGAUCUCGGCACCGGUCGCGGGUUCGUGGUCCGUGAGCCUGACCGCCGGAGCUAGCCAUCGUCCAUGGCUCCAUGCGCGCCCUUGUGACUCCUCCCGCCGAUCUAGAUCGUGCCCGGGAAUGAUUGCUUCAUGUAGCUCCUCGUGAGAAACCUACUGAAAUAUCUGAUCAUUGGCUGGGGUGGUUAACUGUACUUCACAUGACUUCAUGAAGGAAUGGAGGAGGACUCACAGGGCGGCGACCCUGCUGGAUCCCGUGGUGGUGGAAGCGGCGCCGGACUCCCUGGACGCGCUCAUGGCGGAGAUGGGCGCCAUGCUGGCGUCCUACGACGGCCAGCUCGACAUGGAGGCCGUGGCGAUCAAGAUGAUGGCCAUGCUGUUGAAGAUGGACCGGAAGGUAAAGUCAUCAAGGGUCCGGGCGCUGUUCAACCGGCACCUGGCCUCGCUGGGCGUCCCCAAGAGCGUGCACUGCCUCACGCUGCGCCUGGCCGAGGAGUUCGCGGUGAACUCGGCGGCGCGCUCCCCGGUGCCGCCGCCGGAGCACGCGCCCCGCCUCACCGACGCCUCGUGCCUCCACGUCGCGCUCGUCACCGACAACGUGCUCGCGGCCGCCGUGGCGGUGGCCUCCGCGGCGCGGAGCGCCGCCGACCCGGGCAGGCUGGUGUUCCACGUCGUCACGGACAAGAAGAGCUACGUGCCGAUGCACUCGUGGUUCGCGCUGCACCCGGCGUCGCCCGCCGUCGUCGAGGUCAGGGGCCUUCACCAGUUCGACUGGCGCGACGGCGUCGUCAUCGCCUCGGUCAUGAGGACGGUCGAGGAGGUGCAGAGGAGCUCGCUGGACUAUCACCGGUGUGGCGGGUCAGCGGAGAGGGAGCACAGACGGCUCGAGGCGUCCAAGCCGAGCACGUUCUCGCUCCUGAACUAUCUCAAGAUCCAUCUCCCAGAGUUCUUCCCUGAGCUUGGGCGGGUGAUGCUCCUCGACGACGACGUCGUGGUGCGCAAGGACUUGACCGGGCUGUGGGAGCAGGACCUCGACGGGAACAUCAUCGGCGCGGUCGGCGCUCACGAAGGUGGCGGCGUCUGCAUCGACAAGACCUUCGGCGAUCACCUGAAUUUCUCGGACCCUGCCGUGUCGGGCCUCCUCAGCUCGCAAUGCGCCUGGUCGUGGGGCGUCAGCAUCAUCGACCUCGACGCGUGGCGACGAACAAACGUUACCGAGACGUACCAGCUCUGGCUAGAAAAGAACCGGGAGUCGGGCUUCAGGCUGUGGCAGAUGGCCUCGCUGCCGCCGGCUCUGAUCGCGUUCGACGGGCGCGUGCAGGCGAUCGAGCCGCUGUGGCAUCUGCCGGGCCUCGGCUGGCGCGUGCCGGACCCCGAGCUGGCGCGGCUCUCCGCCGUCCUGCACUUCAGCGGGCCGCGGAAGCCGUGGCUGGAGGUCGCGUUCCCGGAGCUGCGGCAGCUGUGGCUCGGCCACCUGAACGCGUCGGACAGUUUCCUACAGGGAUGUGGUGUGGUCGAAUGGCAGUAAAUGGGGGCAGCAGGAAUCGAGCUGGGAGGAAAAACAAGUACAGUAAUUUGGUUCAGGAUUACCGGUGCAGAGCUGGGGGUUCUGGGAGAGGGAAGUAGGUGUUGCCUGCAGUCUCUCCUCACCUUCAGGUUCUGCAGUCUGCACACGAUGGGCAUAUUCUAGUCAGUUCAGUGUGACACUAGAACUGCUUGAUGUAUAGAUACUGAAUUACUGAUGAAGGGGGGCAUUUAUUCGGACCACAGAGUAAACUUCACAAAACUUUCAGAGAAACCGUACUGUAGGGUUCAUCUUCAACUAUAAGAUGUACAUGGUUAUUUAAAUAUUUAUAAUUGAUAUU